UUUGUGUUGGAUAUUAUGGGUUUCUUUUCGAUGCGUUAUGUUUGCUGAUUUCCCUUAUUAUUCAUUCAUUGGUUUGUUAUGUUAAGCACGUGGAUCUUCACGCUUCAAACGAUCUUGAUUGCAAUGAAAAUGGAUUUGCAAAUAAACGCGUGUGAACCAUCAGUCGAAGAGUCCAGUUUUCAUUUGAGUAAGAGAGUUACAAAGAGGUCACUAUAGAUUAAAAACAUAAUACUAUCAAAACUCGCAACUCUCAUGUUCAAGUAUUGAUUCAUAACACGUACUUUACAGUAUUCCAAUGCAUUAAAAACAGAAAUAAAAUAUUUAAGUAUUCAUUUAAAAGAAGUUGUUUAAUUUGUUAUUACAGGUGUCGGCCUGUGUAAUGGUGAUUGAACACAUGUAAACACAAACAGUGUGAUUGUUAUUUCGGCCGUUUAGUCGUGACUACAGUAGAAAUGAUUUCUGUAAAAUAUGGUAUGAUACAGAAUGACAGCUUUAGGACAUGUUUUAUUAGCUGACUCGUCACCUGAUGCAGUUUCAUCGUCUCGCCACUAGAGGUCACAAUAGCACAACACACGACUGCAUUUAAAUUAUACACGUACUUAUGUGGAUUGCCAGAUAUAAAUGUUAUUAAUAGUAAAUGCUCAAUUCAGUCGAUUUGAAUUUAAUUAAUUUAAAAUGCUGCAAUAGCUGUAAAGCACCUCUGUCCUCUCGGAUUCCUGUAAGAAACAUAAUGUCAAAUUGUAUUAAAGUGCUUGGAACAAAAUACGUUUUUGGUUGGAGGAGCAAUGUACAUGGCGAAGAAAUCCAAGUUAGCUGUGUAAAGACGUUUACCUUUCGUUUACGUUUAUGCAUUUGGCAGACGCUUUUAUCCAAAGCGACUUACAUUGCUUGAUCCUAUACAUUUUACAUAGGUAUUUGCAAUCCCCUGGGUUCGAACCCACAACCUUGCGUUGAAAGAUGAGCCCAACAUUACUUAAUAUGGACAUGCUUAACGCCUCAAGUUGAUCUGCAUACACCGGAAGUUAAAGAAGAGUAUAGAGAAGUUGUCAUCAGCCUUCUCUGAAUAUGUAAUGACGCAAUAUCCCCAGUUUAUACAGAUGGAUCAAAAGAACUUGAGUGUCGGACGACUGUUGCGAGGACAAGAUGAGGAACAAGGGAUGUGGUCAAUGUCAAGUGGAGGAAACGCGUAUGAACAAGAAUUAGUGGAAUGAUAGAAGAAAUGAAGGAUGGAGACCAAGAAAUAGUUUUUGAGAGUCUGAUAAGAUGGUGAAGGGAGAUAAAUAGUAGAGUUUAUGAUUUUAUAAGGGAGACUGGAUUAAAAGAUCGCAUUUAGGUUAGAACUCUCCACACCCCCGAGCAGUAGGUGGCGGUAAUGCAACUAAUACGUUUGAUGUCGGCCGCCGAUAAAACCAAGAAGAAGAAGAACGUCAUCACUGAAGCCCUCGUGGAGGAAUCAUGUCUUGGUUAUUCAUGCUGAGCUCUUUCUUUAUCUCGUAUUGAAGCGCAAAACACACAGUACAUCCAAAUUGACUUCAUGAUUCCGAGCGAUUUAACUGAUCUGGGUAAGAGUGCAUAAAGUCAAUUUUAUGUUUGAGGAUUUUUGUGUGUUCAUUGUAUUCCGUGAGUCGCGAUUCACAGCACCUCAUGUUUAACACACUUGACUUUUAUUCGAGUACGACGAUUGGGUUUCAUCCGUUUUCUGGUUUAAAAUCAAUGAUUGUUAUAUCUGAUCAUGGCUGUCAGACUCUUUUAGUGAGUUUGAUGUGUUUAAUGGAUGUAAAAUAGAGCUCGUGUUUGAAUGAGGAAGCACGUGAGCCUGGAGUUUGACAAUCACGAGUGUUAAAUCCAAACGUGGUCAAUAAUUUGAGAUCUUAUUCAUAAUUAACACGUUAGUGUUUAACAUUACUGCAGAGGUUUCCUGAGUGUUCCUAUUUUACUACCAUUUAAUCCUGUACUCUGUGCUGCUGUGUGUUUGUUUUAGAGCUGUUUCAGGAUCAGUCAUUGAGUCGUGUUAGCAAAUCAGAAGCUAGAGAAAAUGUCAGCCAAUCAGAACUCGGGAAGUGCUUGCGUCAUAUAUUGGAAGGCAGAAGUUAAAGUGAGAGGUUUCACCAGAUGUACGAUUGAAACUGAAGCCGGGUUUUCUGCGCAAGUGCAAUGGCUUCUUGAAAUCACAUUAUCUUAAAUAACGUAUAACACAUGGAGCACGCGGGUGAAGUAAAUAACGUCAUAACGCACGAUAAUAUAAAUAACAAGUCAGACUGGGCUGCAGGUGAAUAUUAUUGAGAACGGCUGGUGUACGUCAUGAAAGUAGGGGCUUCAGAAUGGCUCUCACGUUCUUCACAUUAAAUGCUGCUGCAUCUGUAAACCAGAGGACGCUGUUGCCUAGAAACUCCAAAAUGCAGAAGAAUCCCUAUGAGGAUCUAUCUCUUGCUGUUUUUUAAGGUGUGUUUGGUGAUGAAGUGAAGUCAGUGUCAGUGAUGGAGGGACAUUCUGUUACUCUACACACUGAUGUUGUUAAACAGAGAGAUGAUCUGAUCGUGUGGAGUUAUGGAUCUGAAAACACAUUUGUGGCAAGAAUCAACAGGGAAGCAAACAACAUCAAGUUAUCUGAUGAUGAGAGAUUCAGAGAAAGAGUGAAGCUGAACCAUCAGACUGGAGAUCUCAUCAUCACACACAUCACAUCUCAACACUCUGGACUUUAUACACUGAGGAUCAGAAACAACAAUAAAGAUUUAGACAAGAAGUUCAAUCUUACUGUCAGUGGUCGUCUGCCUUUUCCUCCCCCGAAUCACAUCACAAAACACACUCAAGAUCCAGAGGACACUGAACUCAAUAACAAGUCUUCAAAGUCUCCUGACCAGCGGCUCAUUGUAAUAACAGCUGUCAGCUGUACAGCUGUGUUGUGUGUGAUCAUCAUCAUCAGCAUCAGUGUCUACAGGAAGAAAAGAAGGUUCCAAGGAAUUCAUCAGAUGGUAGAAAUCUUCAGACUGAUGAAAAAAGAAGCAUCAAUACCAGCCGAACAUCUAAAGAGAAAGUCUCAAGGUGUCUGAAUGAAAAACAACACUGGAUUGGAACAGAAAUCAUGUGAAGGUGAUUUGACCAGUAUGCAGACACAUAAGGGAGUGAAACUUUAUCAUAGAACAUCAGAGCUCCCCAAAAUCAAAUGCUUCAAUCUUCCCUUCUGUCUUGUAAUAAAACAAAUCUACAUUAUAAGUCACUUUUGACAAAAGCAUUUGGGACAGUCGUGGCCUAAUAGUUAGAGAGUCGGACUUGUGACUGGUUGAGGCUGCUCCGGGUGUAUGUGUGUUCACCACUUCCUGUGCGUGUGCUCACUAAUCACUGGAUGGGUUAAAAGCAGAGGUCACAUUUCGGGUAUGGGUCACCAUACCUGACGAAUAGGUCACUUUCACUUUAAAUGACUUAUUAAAGGAGGAAGGUUCAGCCGAUUAACAAUGAUAAUUACAAGCUUAUACCAUAAUCUAUAGUCACCUCUUGUGCAAUUUUAUUGUAGUCAUGUAAACUUUUCUUAUGUCAUUGUUGUCUCUUUUAUUUUACUGUAAAAAUUGUGAUUCAUUCUGUGCAACAUUUUCCAUGUUAAGCAACUUCAGUUUAUUUACAAGCCAAUUUCAUCAGUGAUCUGCAGCAUAAACAGUAAAAACUCUUUUCACAAACCAGACAAAAACUUGUUCGUGGCACUUACAGAAUAUCAAAUCCUUUGAGAAAUCCUUGAAAUGAACUGCAGCAAGGAGUGGAUCUUUUAAAACUGGGCUUUUAUAAGUGAGUGAUUAUAAGCGCAUUAAACACACAAUCCUCUAGAUUCAUUGUAAUAAAAUUCUCACAAAAUUA